UAAUGGUUACACUUUACUAUGAUAUCCAUAUAUUUUUUAUUUUAGAAAUUACAGCAACCGAAAAAGAUUCUUAUGUUAAAGGUUAUUCAGUUCCUGAGCUAAUUGGAAGCUUUACCGGAGGUGUUCUGUUUGGCUUUAUUUUGGCAGUGAUUAUCUUUAAGAGAAAGGAAAUAGUGUCGAUAAUGACAGGCAAAUGGAAUGCAACAGAGAAAAGCCAGUGCCCUGACCAACAGUAUGAUGAACUUGGCAUGGAAAAUGUAUCUGCAUAUCAAGAUCUGUCAGGGCCUUCUACCCAAAAUACAUAUGAUCAGAUACAUACAGCAUAUAUCAAUACAACACCUAGAUAGUAACGCGUCAUUAGAUUGAACACAUGUUAACAUUUGCACUCAAAACACUUUUAAUUUAAGAAGUCCUGUAUCAUUUUUACAUCAAUAGCUAUAAAUCAUAUGUAUUCAUGCAAAAGAAACGAGUAUUUAGAUCCUUGUUCAUUUGCCUAUGCCGCUGAUUCUAAAAUGAGUAGAUGAUGAAGCUUUAAUAACAAUAGAAAAAUCAAUGAAAAGUGGAAAUAUAUUUGCACUGUUUGCAGAGGCUGCUAUGUUGUAAAUAAUCCCAUUUCCCGCAAAUUUGUAUUUCAGAUAACCAAAGAUUAUUACGAAAAUACCACAAGUAACAUCUGUCUCAUAUUAAAAUGAUUUCCAGCUGAAACCAUCAUUGUCAUAUAUCUUCCAUAGACAUUUAAUUAAAAAGAAUUCAUCUCCAGUCUUUCAGUCAAUAUUCCAAAUCACCAAUUGGAAAUAAAUUCAGUGCCAUUCCGUUACUCACUUUUGAUAAAUUAAGACCGGUUCACCCUAUUUGAAAAACAGAUAAAUAUGAAAAUUGACUGAGCAGUGCUGAUGUUACUACAGAAAAAUAUCCGAACAGUAUCGAAUUAACUGGUAGGAAAAUAUAGGGAAAUCUUUAAAAAAAACAACACUUUUUUGUAUAUUGCAAUAAAGUUUUGUAAACAAAGUUACAUGUACGCAUUUAUUAAGUAACAAUAUAAACACUUAAAAUUGUAGAUUUUAGAUUUGUUGACAAAUAAUAUGAUAAAAUAUACUUAAGAUUCACGUUUCGUAUAUUUUGUUGUUUGCUGAAUAGAAAGAUGAACUUAAAACAAAGCAUUGACAUAUGGACCAUAAUAUAUUUGAAGCUGUCAUAUUCGUUUUUAUAAUGAUAAUAUAUCAUGAUAUUGUUAAUCAUGUAUUCACUAACCCUGUAUUUUUUUAUUACUUUCAUUCAUUUAUUUUUAUAAAUGUAUAUUUAUUUUACUGUUUAA